UUCAUGCAGCGAAGCUUCGCUGGCGAUGACCCCCUACUCCGCCGACAACGAAGCCAGCGUUCAAACGCUCUUCGCUCAAGCCCCGUAUCCUUUUCAUGGAGCGAAGUUUCGCUGGCGAAGCUAUCCCCACUACUGUGCCGCGAAUAAGAAGUCGAAUAAGGAGUCGUUGAAAACAUUGAAGCCUGAUUUAUAAUGGCCGUAACCGUUCAUACUAAUACGGCAAGUUAGUAUGAACGAAAGCAUUAAAAUCCUAUGGUUGAACUUUACCGGCACCGACAUAAGUUAACGGUUACGGCCAUUAUAAAUCAGGCUUGACUAAAAAGUGUGGUUAUAGCUACUAAAUAUAAAGUAAAAUAUUUUCACUUGUUCGUGUAUGAAACCUCGACACAUUAAAAAAGAUAAAAAUGGAUGAUCAAUACGUGCAGGAAUUUAAAUAUAUAAUUACAAUUGCUACGGCUCAAGAAAUAAAAAGACGACGUAUAGCCGCAGCAGCUGCUGUGAUACAUUCUGUACAGAAUAAAAAACGGCAAUAUGCGAAGAAAAAAUAUUGGGUAGCACCCAUUUUUCAAAGUCGAAAAGAACACAGUUUUUAUUUUGCUUCAGUUCCAAAAUUGAAAUUGGAAGACCUUCGCUUUCGCAACUAUUUUAGAAUGAGCACAACUCAGUUUGAAGAAUUAUUAAUACAAAUUCUUGCUCCAAAAUUGCAGAAGCAAAAUGUUAUUCGGGAAAUCAUCUCCCCAUCCGAACGCUUAGCACUGACAUUGAGGUACUUAGCAUCCGGUGAUUCCAUGAUUUCGAUGUCGUAUCAGUACCUUGUGGGAGUUACAACAGUUAGCAAUAUCAUUCAAGAAACAUGUACACUAAUUUGGGACAGUUUGCAGCCUUCAGUUCUAUCUGGCCAAAUAGAAGAAAAAGACUGGAUAGAUAUAGCCAACGAUUUUGAAAAAUGGAAUUUUCCACACUGCAUUGGAGCCAUCGAUGGCAAGCACGUUAUCAUCCAAUGUCCCAAUAACGCUGGAUCAACGUACUUCAAUUAUAAGCAUACGCAUAGUAUAGUUUUGAUGGCCAUCUGUGAUUCGAAUUACAUCGUCCGUUUCGUAGAUAUCGGAGCAUACGGACGACGCAGCGAUGGAGGUAUAUUUAAAGACAGCACCAUAGGAAAAGCCUUUGACAAAGGUGACAUGAAUGUUCCGCAGCCGACUGCUAUUUCAAAUAGUUUUGUUCUACCAUAUUGUAUUGUGGGAGACGAAGCUUUUCCUUUGAAGCCAUAUUUGCUUCGUCCAUACCCAGGCAGAGGUCUGACAAUGGAACAAGCUGUCUUUAAUUACCGUUUAAGCCGAGUACGAAGGUUAAUCGAAAAUACCUUUGGUAUACUCGUCAGCCAGUGGCGAGUAUUCAGAAAACCAAUUAUCGCUAAUCCUGAAACUGCUGUGGAAAUAGUAAAGGCAACCGUAUGCUUGCAUAAUUGGCUUCGGAUAAAUGACAUAAAUGUUAACGAAUACGUACCUAUCGGUAUGGUUGACUUCGAUAAUCCAAGCACUCCAAGUGGAUUCAAUGUAGGAUCUUGGAGAAAUAUUAUGGAAGAUGGCUGUGCUUUCAAAGAUUCUGGAAACUGUAGCAGUAAUAUGAGUGCCCGAGAAUGUGUCAAUAUUCGCAAUGAAUUUUGUUGCUAUUUUAAUAAUGAAGGAGCAGUGCCAUGGCAGUACAAUCAUGGAAGUUAA